CAAAUGUGGAUGCACGCAAUGCAAAUCACGUUAAUGGAUUUAAAAAAGUCUGUUGAAUAGUUACGAGUAAUGACCGAGAAAAAAAUCUUAGAAUAUGAAACCUAUUUGAAUGACGUUUUAAGAGAAGACUUAAAGUGUGUAUUGUCUCAGCGAGAGAAUCUUUGCCAAGAAGUUCUUGAUUUAGAACAAUUAAAAACUGUAAUUGAACGUUUACAAGAAGCAGAAUUAAAUAAAGAAACCAUUAAGACUAGAGUAGAUUUGGGUUGCAAUUUUUACGCUCAAGCUAAUAUCACUGACACUAAAUAUAUAUUUAUCAAAACUGGGUUGGAUAUUUUUGUCCAAUUUACAUUGGAAGAGGCAACUAAGUUUAUUGAUAAGAAAAUAGAUUUCUUGAAGAAGAAAAUUGAUCAUACUUUGAAGAAGAGUUCUGAGAUUAACGCUCAUAUACAGUUGAUUUUGCAAGGUUUGAGAGAGCUGCAACAUUUGACUUACGUAACUGAGACACCUAGGAGAGAAGUUUUGUAAAAAAAAAAUUAUGUUGGAACUUGCAGCUUUUACACAGUCUGAUAGUGACUCUGAUUGUGAUAUUCCAAAGUUUGAAAUUUCUGCGUUUAAAAAGUAUGAAUCAUCAUCAGUUCCUGAAACUAUAGGAAGUUCAAAUUUCCAUAACAAAAGCAUUCAGCUUUCUUCUAGUAUGAAUGCAGGGGAAGAGUAUAAUAAAACCAGUUACGUCGAUCUUUAUCCAGAGCGGGAAAACUUACAUGAUCAAGUACAAAAGCAUAAGGAGCUGAUGCAAAAAUCUGUAGAGGAAAAUGCAGAGAAGAGCAUAGUUUUACAACCUGGAUUCGAAAAGCUUGAAGAGGUUCCUGUUUUUCAACUUAAACACAAGAGAAGAAAAGAAGGAUUGAAAGAGAGAGACAAGACGAAAGGAUUUUCUUGGUUUAAUAUGCCCGCUCCUGAGAUGACUGAUGAAAAAAAGAAUGACCUGUUAGUAAUUCAAAUGAGGCAAGCUUUAGAUCCAAAGCAAUUCUAUAAACGCAGUGCUGUGAAAGGCAAUCCUAAAUAUUUCCAAGUUGGAACUUUUGUUGAAUCGCCUGUAGAAUUCUAUAGUUCUCGUAUUCCCAAGAAGCAGAGGAAACAAACUCUUGUAGAAGAAUUGCUUGCUGAUGCUGAAUUCAGACAGUACCAGAAAAAGAAGUUUAGUGAAAUCCAAAGAAAUCAGCCAGCAAAAUUUGUGAAACGGAAAAGAGAAAAGAAACUGAAACCUGCUGAUUUUAGGGAAGGAAAUGCACAGAAGAAAGCUGCUAAGGGAAAAAGGAAUAAAUCGAAGAAGAGAGUAAAAUAAAUGAAAAUAUUUUUGUGUCUGAAUGAGCAUUUUGAUAAAUAAAGCUGUUUCUUUAAA